AUGUCGGGCGCCGCCGAACCUCACCCUGCGGCUGCAGCAAAGGUUUUGCCUUCUCGCAUCACCUCCGACUUAGAUAAUGGAUAUGAGGCAUCUUCCUCUCAUGCUCAAGACCGGUGGCGUCCCUCCGUUUCUCACAGCUCCCCCGGCUACCGUGUGAAGGGGCCACAAGAACUCAUGUUGGAGCAGUUACGGGAUCCCCAUCACCGUCAACGCCUCGUUCGAAAGCCUACGCCAAGCAAAGCCGUUCAUUUCGAGCUACACGACCAAGUACAGCAUUUCUUACCAACUAAUCCACCGGUUACUGUGAAGCCUGGGCCACAGCUUAUGAGAGGAGUCCAUGGGGACUCUACUCGCAAGCCCCCGAGCCCAAUAGCUUCACUUCAUAUUAUACGAUCUCCACCAAACCGGUGGGAAGUUAUCUGUUCAACUACAGUCUCCAAGAUCACCGAGAACACGACCGUGAAGCUGGAGAGACUAUGGGUAUCCGCUGACGAAAGUUCCUUCUUGGGGUCUGUCGCAGUAGCCAAUCUCGCGCAAGAGAAAUCAGUCACUUGCAGGUUUACGUUUGAUCAUUGGGAAACAAUUUCUGAAGUUCGUGCCCAUUACGCAGGUAGCUUGCCAGUUACAAGUCACCAUGCUGAGCUUGACCGGUUCUUGUUCACGCUGAAGCUCCCAAAUGUAGCCCUGGUUCGUCCUGGAAUCAAUACUUUCCACUGCUGCAUCAGAUACAUCGUCAAUGGCCAAGAGUUCUGGGACAAUAACAAUGGCCUCGAUUAUCAAGUUAGCUUCAGAAGGAAGGAACCAUCCAAGGAUAUGAAAACAAUCCCUUAUGGGGCAUCCACACUACAGAGGGACCCCCUGCGUAACGUGCUUGAGUACUGGUACCUGUGGGUGCUAGCAGAAUUAGCCAAGGAGAAGGUUCCUAUACUUACGAGUAACAUUCGUCUUUCAUUCAGCCCCUUUUCUUUCGACAACCUUCGCUCUUCACACUUCACUGAACGACUGACGGCCAUGGCCCCGAUUCCGGAGGCCCGAGCGGAUCGGACGCCGGAGCCUGCUCAGUGUCGGACAAAUAUCAACUUCGCAUGGGUCAAGUUGAACAAAUACUACAGCGCCAUUGACCAGUCUCCUGUCUACUAUGCCGCAACUGUCCUCCACCCGGCGAUUCGGUGGGACUUCCUUCAUAGGGCUUAUCGAGAGAGGCCGGAUUGGAUCGGAAAAGCUCAGCAACUCAUUGACGGCCUCUGGCAGGAGUACAAGCAAUUGCCGGUCCAAUUUGAACGGGGCAACUAUGACCAGCUACGUCCAAUCAAGAGGGCCAAGGAAGUAGAAGAUUCGUUCUCUUCGUACCUGGACAGUUUCAAGUCAACGACCACAGCGCGGUUGGAGGGCAAUGAGGGUGACGAGCUCGACCGGUGGCUACAGCUCGCCGGUCCUAUUGAGAAAGACUGGGAUUCUGAUGACUCUGAUUUCAACGAGUCCUUCCUCAUCACAACCUUCCUCAUCACAACCUUCUUCAUAUCAAGAUAA